AUGAAGUUUUCUUCGAGUCUUCUGCUCGUUGGUUUCGUUCUCCACGCCAACGACGUCUUGUCGGCUCCAAACCCCGAUCCAAAGGCCGCAUGGGUCCGUCAGAGCAGGGCAAGGAAAGCUGCGUCGAAAAUUGGAAAACGCUGGUCGAACGGGACUUCAGCACAUCCACCUGUCACCUCGUGUUCGGAGAACAACUAUACCCAAAUUUUGGCCCCUAAGGUCAAUGUCUGGGGAGGCUUGACGGAUGUUGAAGCCGCUUCUGUAACCCAGUGGUUGUUCGCUCAGCCAGAGUUCAAUCUCACCGUCAGCGAUGAAGCUGGAGAAUGGGACAACACCAUUCUUUUGGUCGAGCUAAUGCACCCAAACAAGACAGACGUCUUGAACUAUCUCGACAAUGCAGGACCGAUCCCCGACCGUUAUGCUCAUGUUGUGCUGGACCAUCGAGCUUGUGAGGAACCCUACUACGAGGAUAUUCUGGUCGGUCCAAUCGAACCUUAUGGUAUCAAGAACGGCACAACUGGGUGGGAGUCUCUACAAUAUCCUUACACUCGCAAAACAGCUGGUCGUGUACGUAAUCUUGACGCUGAUGCUGAUGAUACACUCUACUCCCGAUGGAUAUACAAGAUCAGUGCUACCAUCUCAGAUAUCACACUCGACCUUUGGGGAGGAACAGCUCUUGGCCUUGAUAAUGACACGUUGUCUAUUUGGGGCAUUGACCCUCUUUGGCAAGAUGACGGACGCGUCGUUCGAUGGGAUGCAUUCUGGUCUAACACGGUCGACAACUUUGACACUCAGACACUUCUGCCGCUUGGUCUCUACUUUAGAAGUGAUGUGACUGGUCGUGAUCCCAGUCAGUGGAAAUUUGAAGGCUGGUAUUAUAACGGUUUGUUCUACGAAACUACUGAAGCGUUUAGAUCUGCAUAUUAUACACCUGGAUUUGCCAAGCUGGGGGCCAAUGUCGAGGGUGACUGGGCUCGGACUGACCAGAUUGGACCUGUACUCCCACUGGACACCGCUUCCCCACCUGCGUCUAUCACACCGAGUGGUGCUAGAUUCGCAGUCGAUGCUGAGAGCAAGUGGAUUCAGUGGAUGGACUUUUCCUUCUUUGUUGGCUACCAGCGAGACACCGGCCUCAGUCUAUGGGACAUUCGCUAUAAAGGCGAAAGAGUUUUGUACGAACUAGGUCUUCAAGAAGCACUAGCUCACUAUGCUGGACAAGACCCUCUCCAAAGCGGCACUGCCUAUCUGGACAGUUAUUAUGGAUUUGGUCCUUACGCCUUCGAACUUGUCAAAGGCUAUGACUGUCCGGCAUAUGCCACUUACCUUAACACCUCUUUUUAUGUGUCGGAGACGACGCACACGCACCUGAACAGUCUGUGCCUCUUUGAGUACACUGCCGAUUAUCCUUUACAACGACACAGCACCUCAAAUUAUGUCAGUGUUACGAAGAACACCUAUUUCACCAUCAGGUCUGUCAGCACCGUUGGUAACUACGACUACAUGUUCUCGUAUUCCUUCUAUAUGGACGGUAGCAUCAACGUCGAAGUUCGUGCUUCAGGAUACAUACAGAGCGCUUACUACGCCAACAACGAAGAGUAUGGCUAUAAGAUCCAUGACAACCUCUCGGGCAGUAUGCACGAUCAUGUCUUGAACUUCAAAGCAGACUUCGAUAUCCAAGGCAUCAACAAUACGGUCGCUGUGGUAAACCAGGUACCCGUCUCGGCGACUUAUCCCUGGUCGAAGGGCAAAGCACGUAACACGAUGAAACUUGAAAAGUCCUACAUUGAAACAGAGGAGUCCAGUCGCCUGUUCUGGGGGCCCAAUAGCGCAACUCAGUACAGCGUGAUCAAUAAAGAUGCAGUAAAUAAGUACGGAGAGUAUCGAGGUUACCGCAUCUCUCCUUCUCUGGGAGCUAUCCACCUCACAGUCGAAGACUCGAGCAACUUGGCCAAUGCAGCCCGCUGGGCAAACCACGACAUUCAGGUUACCAAGCAACAUGACACGGAACCUCGAGCCGCCCACGCCUACAACAAUCAAGAUGUGCACAACCCACCCAUCAAUUUCGAUGCCUUCUUCAAUGGCGAGAAUCUUACUCAAACUGACCUCGUCCUUUGGCUGAAUCUGGGUAUGCAUCACAUCCCUCAUACUGGCGAUCUACCCAACACAGUCUUCUCGACAGCCCAUGCAGGUCUUUCCUUCUCACCUCUGAACUAUCUUGAUGGUGACCCAAGUCGACAGACUGUCAACCAAGUCCGUAUCGACUAUGGAGGCGGCAACGUCAGUGCUGUAGAGACUUUUGGGCAAGAACAAGGUAGUUGUGCUGUUGAAUACAGCCCCGUGGAAGUGGAUCUUUGGGGUUACAAGGGUGAUGUUGUGGUUAGAAAGUUUCCUUUCGAUCCUAACAAUCCAUACUAUGAGACGGAUGCCAUUGUGUAA